CUGCCUUCCUGCUGCUCUUCCAGGGAAAGAGGAGUGAAGGAGAGAGAGAGGGGAACGCAGACAGUGAAAGGAGAGAGACAGAGAGAGAGACUUGGAGGUACAGAGGGAGUUUUUGCUGCUGAAGGAAAAGCAGAGUUACUAUGAAGCAGAAAAUGGGACCGGCUGCCACCUCACUCGCUCUGCUGUGUUUAUGUUCUCUGGGUGCGUGUGUUCCUACAGGGACGAUCAGCGCUGCAUCAGCACAGGCUUCUGAACCAGAGGUGAAGAGGACAAGAGGCGAUGUCCCUGAUAUUCUUCCAGAACCGGAACCAGAGCCGACCAGCCCGUUAUCGGACUUUGAGAACUCAUACAACUAUGUCUUAUCCAGACUGGCCAGUGUGGACCUGGCGAUCCACAAGCUGAAUGUGGGCCACUACACUCUGGAUGUUAAAGUCAGCCAGUUGAUGGACCGUCUCUCUAGAAUGGAUGCUAAAGUCGGGGAGCUGGAGGACAGCAUCCGGGAGGUCUACCAACACAGCAAGGACAACCGCAAGGAGAUCGGAAGGCUGGAAGGGUGCGAGAAGGGACACCGGAUCGGCUACAAGUGUUAUCUGGUGUACAAUAGCCAAGAGGAUUACGCCGGAGCGUCCAGGAAGUGCAUAGAACGUGGAGGUCGCAUGGCAAUGCCACGAGAUCGCAAGGAGCAGGAGGCCUUGGCUGACUAUGUCAAGUCUUUCUUCCACCCUGGAAACUGGCCAGUCUGGCUGGGUAUCAACGACCUGCGCUCAGAGGGCCUGUACCUCUUUGACGAUGGGACUGGGGUUACGUACUUCCAGUGGCGUAAACACUUCCUGUCCAGCCAGCCGGACGGAGGGAGGCGAGAGAACUGCGUGGCGAUGUCGUCAGAUGACGGCGACUGGUGGGACCACUACUGCGAUCGGUCCAUGAACUAUAUGUGCGAAUUUGAUGACAGGGUGGCUCUUUAGAAGGAACUCUUUUUUAAAAAUAACCUCUCUUUAUGACAUCAAACACCAGCAGGUGAUCAUUGGAAAUCAAAAUCCAUUUAUAAUUUUCUAAUAAUUUAUUUUCUUUUAAGGCAUUGUAGCAUUGUUUAAGUAGUCUCUUGCUGGAUGGAAAUACUUCAUAGUAUUUAAAGCCUUUUCAAUGAUGUCUCAUACACAGAAAUUCCUGCAUUGCUAUUUCAGUUCUGUACUGAUUUAUGACUUAUGAAUAUUACAUUAUUCAUGCUGCAGCAGUAAUAUGAGUUAAAGCCAGACGGGACUCUGCUGUGAUUUCAUUCACGGAAUUCUAAAUAUUUGUCAAGUUUCCAAAAAAAAAAGGGAAAAAUGGAAAGCAUUUGGAGGCAUUUUUCUCGGCACAUACUGAACCUCUUGAAGGGACGAAUCAGUGUGUACUCUGGCUGAAGUGGAAUUAAGCAGCAUUUCUCUGUUACACACCGAAGAUGUUUUCACAAAGUCUAGCGCAGGGCGUGAUUCCCUGAUUAUCCGAUAACUUUGGUGAGAGAAAACUGCAGUCUCACUUCUGAACCCCUUUUUACCUCCUUAAAAAUGACACAUCAUGCAAAUGUAUCCUAAGCCAGAGCGCAUACAUAAAAUGAGAAAAUUGUACUGUAUA